ACGGAAUAUUUUAAUGAAACCAAAGGAACCCCAAAGGAUUAAAGAAAGCUCGCAUAUCAGUUUGUGUGUAAAUUGAAACAUUUCUCCGGUUUUAAUGGAUCAGUAAGAUCAUUUCCCGGUAUCAUUUGCAGCACAGUGUGGGUAAGCAGUCUCCGUCUUCAAGUACCUUAUAUUCUCUUUUUCACGGUCGUCACAGUUCCUCAGAUCGAGCAGUUAAUCGCGACAAAUAAUGGCCGAAUGCAGUACAAUACCCGUCCAGGAUAAUCAUCAAUUAUUAGUCAAGAUUUGCCAUCCGUGGACGUGGCGAAUCGCUAAUGUUUUCAUGGCCGUGUUUUUUUCUUUAGCUGCUUAUGUUCAGACGAACGAUCCUGAUCCUGUAAUAUGGGUGUUGAUGUAUGCUAUUCCUUCUUCACUAUGCGUCACUUUAGCUAUUGAUUCAUCAUUACAAGAUCACCUCUUGUGGAAGCUGACAGCUGUCACUCAUGUUGGUGUCUGCAUUUUGGGUGUGUUUUACUCAAUAACUGUCUUGAUUAGAGCUGAGAUCAGUUCUAAAAAUCUGCUGAAUUAUGAAGAAGGAAGAGAAAUAGCAGGGCUCUUGAUCAUUGUAGCCUGGUUGGGGCUAUGCUUGCUGACAAGACUGAAAAGGUCUAGUGAAACAACUGCAUAUUUCUGGACUGCCACAGUAGCUGUUUCUCUCAUUCCAUUCAUUGUAUGGGGAUAUUACUUAACCACAUGGGAUGUGGCUUCACUCCAAAGCCACUGUAAAGACAUCAUCUCAAGACACCUGUAUAAAGCUGAGAUAUAGGAGAAAAUAAUAUGAAGAUGCAGCAAAGACAUUGUUUCAUCUCAAUGCCUAUGAAUUAGAUAUAUUUAUAAAGAAAAAACAGUAGAUUUAUUCAUAGCCUUGAUUUCUGCCACUCUCUUGAGUCUGGUCUGCAUUGCUCGCCUACGUGAGAGGAGUGUGGGCUCAUUCCCGAACAGUAGCUGGUAAUCGAGCCUAUUAUUUAUUCAGAAAUCCACAAAUCAUGUUGUUUAAAUCAAUAACUCUCCAUGCAUCACACACUAAUUUUUGCUCUCUUCAUUUGUCACGUGUGACCUCUUUUCCAAACAGUAACUGGUCAUGACAAGCCUGAGCAAAUCAAUAUAAUGCAAAUUUAUUUCUAAGCACUUGUCACAACGUUACAGCAGAGAUGUCAUCUCAAGACUUCCAUACAGUGUCAAAUCAUUCAGCAAAAAAUUAAUAAGUAACAUAAUGUGUAACAUUAUUACAGUCAAACCUCCACUAACAGCCACCUCCCUACAAUGGCCAGUGUUGUCCGCUUUAAAUAGCGAAUUGUCCUUUAUUGUGCUGGAACCAGUUAAUAAUCCGACCGACUAUGAACACCCACAGUCAUACAAUAUGUCGGCCGACUGUAAAAGUAACGUACAAAAACAUAUCUCGCACGAGGUCGCCGGGACUCUCGCAUAUUACGUGAUUUUGUUGACGUCAUAAUGUCACACACUCGGUUACAUAACGUGACACAUUACAUAACGCCACACCAGCUCUCUACAACGGCCACUUUUUUUGCCCUGGCAGAUGGUCCAUACAUUCACUUUUAUUUCAACCUCUCUACAACCGCCACCUCUCCACAACAGCAAUGACCACUAAAGCAGGUCUCAAACUACCAAAAUAGCCUCUCUACAAUGGCCAGCUAAUCAAUGACUGACAGAUGGUAUUUACAAAACCCCAUUUUACAUUGUAAAAGGACACAAAACUUGAUCUGUACCACAUGUCACUGGUACAAUAGCAAAGCAAUAUUUUUAAUUAAGAAAUAGAAAACAUGUCCCGUGUUUCUA